AAAGUGAGCUGGGAGCGACCGUUGUACGCCAACGGUGAUAUCAUCGGAUAUUACGUGUACAAAGAUAAGUUGCUGAAUGGGGAACCGGUGAACGAUAAGUUGCAGCGAAGCAUCAUAUAUGACCAGCAUAAAACGCAUACGUUGAUCACUGGACUUGAGCCCAAUACGGAAUAUGCAUUUCGAAUCAAUGCUUUCAACCGACACGCUCCUUCAGAGCCGCAAACUCAGUCCGUUACGUUACUCAACGAUGAAGCACCAUUACGCGCACGUGUUGACUGGAAACCACCGAAG